AUGCACAGCUCUGUGUGGCUCGUGGCUCUAGUGGGCCUGGGAGCCGCUGUAGGUGCAGCGCAGCCCCGAGGCCGGAUCCUGGGUGGCCAGGAGGCUAAGGCCCACACUUGGCCCAGCAUGGCUUCGGUGCAAGUGAACGGCACACACGUGUGCGGUGGCACCCUGGUGGAUGAGCAGUGGGUGCUGAGCGCCGCGCACUGCAUGGACGGAGUGACGGGGGAUGAGAUUGUGCAAGUGCUCUUGGGUGCCCACUCCCUGUCGAAGUCGGAACCCUCCAAGCGGCUGUACGACGUGCAAAGAGCAGUGCGUCACCCGAGCAGCCGGCCUGACCGCAUCGAGGACGACCUUCUCCUCUUGAAGCUGUCCCAGAAUGUGUCUCUGGGACCCUACGUGAGCCCCCUGCCCUUGCAAAGCGAGGACCGGGACGUGGCCCCUGGAACGCUCUGCGACGUAGCCGGUUGGGGCGUGGUCAGCCACGCGGGGCGCCGGCCCGACGUCCUGCAGAAGCUAACGGUGCCAAUCAUGGACCGGAACACCUGCAAUCUGCGCGUGCAUCACGACGGGGUCGUCACCCAGAACAUGAUUUGUACAGAGAGCAACCGCAGGGACAGCUGCAGGGGCGACUCUGGCGGCCCCCUGGUGUGCGGGAACAAGGUCGAGGGUGUGGUCGCGUGGGGCUCGCGAGUCUGCGGAAACCGCAAGAAGCCGGGCGUUUUCACCCGCUUGUCGACCUACAAAGACUGGAUCGAAAAUGUCAUGCAUGGUAACUGGACUAUCUGAGGGGACCCCGAAGACACGUGUCUCACAAUAAAUG